AUGGGCCAAGUCACGACCGAGAUCUACUUCUACACCACGCCCGAGUUCGCCCAAACCGUUCGCGACUCCCGAGGAGCAGGACUGCCGUUGACCGUCGACACGAGCUAUUCCUCGCCAUUCGACGUGCCCGCCUUGCAGGGGCGAGAGGAGAUGUACGCCAAGAUGCACGAGGUUGAUCGCGAGAAGGAGAUUCACUCGCCGGGCUUGUACGCCGUCUGGAACGCUAAGCCGUUCCUCCUGGAGAACGCCAUCAAGAUGCGGAAACUGCGGGAACGAAAGGAGUAUGAUUAUGUGUUUUGGCGAGCGCGUGCAGCGGAUAUGGGAGGAGGGUACUCGGGCGACAGGGACGAGCCAGGAGGAACUAAGGGCGCUGGACCCGUGGAUUCUGAUAUCAGCGAAGGAUCAUUUUUCGGCGGGACGCCCAAGGCCGUAACCUGGUUUUCACGGACGUUCUAUUCCUAUCACGACUACUACCUCUCGCUCGGGUUUUUCGCUGGGAAAGAUCAGACGCUGUAUAAUGCUGUUAUUUUUCUCUUCCCGUCGCGCUUUAUCACCGUGUGGCAUGGCGACCCAGACUCGCCCGCGCGCGGCGGGAUGCCGCCCAAUGGGUUCACGCGCGGGCGUCUCGGCGCGUGCGGCCCUGAGUGGUACUACUACCAGUGGUGGCUCAGCGACAAGCACUCGCGUGAAGAGAUGAGGAAGUAUUGGAUGGAGCAUGAUCGCGAGCCGGAGAAGGCCAGGUGGUGGAAGAUGAGGAGGAUACCAUGUCGCAUGGCGCUGUUGAGGAGUAUGGAGGAUGUGCUGAAAUCGUCGUUUGGGAACGACUGGACGCCUCCAGCACGCACGAUUGGCUUGAGGCCGAAGCAUAUGUGGUAG